AUGGACAUCAAUGCGCUGCUCGACUCCGCUCUCACGUCUAACGUGCCCUUGCCAGCUCCAACUACGGUCACAAGCAGGUCACUGCGCCCGCGCAGUGUGGGAGGGCAUAGUACUCGCUCGAACUCCAUAUCCACUCCCGCAUCUCGCUCCCAAUCGCGAUCCAAUUCUGUCAUGCCUUCGCAGGAUGUGUUUGAAGCGAGUGUACCGACUGGCGACACCAUCCAUACGAGCGUAGAGAGUGUCAUGAGUGAGCCGACCACAUCCCAUGCACUCCCGUCUCGUCAGGCCGACUUGGAUGCCGACAUUUCCCGCGCCGAUGCUAUCCCCCGAAAGAAGCGCAGGCUUAAUUCCGAGGAAACAUCUGAUGCUUUCGCUGUGCCUACAGCAGGGCCCUCGUCCUCAAGUCAGCAAUUAGAAGACUUACUUGUGUCUGCGCUAGACGAAGAGCAACAGUUUGCUUGGUCAGGAGGAGCCGUUCAAGGAGGGACAUGGGGAAAUGAUAUAGAAAGCCGCCCGGACUUGCCGGCCUUCCUCAUACCGCCUGAUGCCGAACCUGCGGAAACUAUCAUUCCCAGCAUCGCUACAGCCUCUCAUCUGGUCGGAACAUAUCCACAGACACAAGAACGCCCCCCUGAGCCCGAAUAUACGGGAGAAGCUAUUGCUUAUGCAGAGGCACCACGCGCACCGAUCGAUGUGGACGCACUGCCCGGAAAUUCCACUAUGGCUGGACCAUCAUCGUUGUCGCCUCCAGUGAUGCUCGGCGGUAGCUCGAGUCGGACCACAUCUGAGUCGGCAAAUACUAGUCGCGCUGCUCAAACAUUUUCGCCAAAAUCACGCGAACCGCUUGAGAGGCAGGACUCGCCAGUUUCUGGAGACGAGCCGCUAUCUGCCUACACCUGUCCAAUAUGCUUUUCCCCACCGACUCGCGCGACGUUGACCCCUUGCGGGCAUAUCUGUUGUGGUGAAUGCCUGUUUACUGCUGUCAAGACAACCAUGCAGCGGGCUGGCCACGCAGUUCCCCUGAAUGAACGCUCAAUUGCGCGGUGUCCUGUGUGCCGUGCGCCUAUACCAGGAUGGGAUGGAAAAGGCGGAGGCGUGAUAGGAUUGAAGCCAAGGAUGGUUUUUAGUCUAUGA